UUUACAUACGAGACUUUCGAGAACAUGUCAUUGCUGGAUGACCCAGCAGUGCUGAACGCACUCAAGUACAUGCCUUUGUGCAAGGUCAUGUUGAAUAUGCCCGAAGAUGUAACAUCACUUCUCUCUAUGAAGCUCGCAGUGAAAUAUGCUCAGCUUCACGAGAUCGAGAGCAUGUGUGCCAUAGCGCUUGCGCAUCAGAAUCAGAACUUGUCAGAUUUCGAAAAGGCCCUUUGGGAUUACAAACAUGAACUCUUGUCCGACCCUACUAUUUGCUCACAUCUCGCAGCGCUUUACGACACCCUUCUCCGAGUCCAGCAGAAUUUGCUGCGUAUCGUUGAGCUGUACUCGACGGUAGAGAUUGACUACAUUGCCAAACAGGUCGGGCAAGGAUGGCAGGAUGGCAGGACGUUGAGGCCAAGUGCGUAUUGA